AUGACAGACGAAACGAGGAAUCCACCCUACCGGCAUUUUGCCCUUAUAUACAUCGACGACGAAGGUUAUCUGCGCCAGGAAGCUUCGCCGUCGAUCGCAGUCAAUGGCGAAAGUAUUAUUUCUUCGCGAGUGAGAAACGCAUUUCUUGGUGCAGUAGCCAACUCGAGCGAAAAUAUACCCUCUCGUCAACAUGGAGGUUUCCCAGUUCCAACAAGAUGCUCGACCAUUAGCACAAGAGACCGGCCCCCAUUUCCACGGCAGUCGCAUCGACGGCCUUCGCGAUCUGAGCCAAAUACUUCCGAAAGAGACCUGAUAUUACCAAGGUCCAAUCAAGAGACUUCGAGCAACCCCGACCUAUGGCAAUCGCAGCAGGGCCGGAGAUAUGAAUGGUCGCAACCGCCACCACAAAGCCAAAUCACCGAAAGCCAUCCUGCAGAAAACCUUGCGCCUCCUACAGAAAGGGCCCAAAUAUCUGUUCGGGACCGAGCGUUCUUGUGGAAGUAUUACGAAACAGCGUUCAAGAAGCUGCAACAGAUCAACUGCCGCAUCAUUGCCAAGGUCUACAUCAAACUAGUUGAGCCGCGCAAGCAAGUAAACUAUCCAUACAACGGGCGAAGGCUGGUCAAUGGCAGGACGCAACAAUUAGAUCCGUCGGAAACGAGGCCUCCUUGGUGGCCACCUGAGCGUAUAAUCCUCCUGAUUCAUCUGCUCUGCGAGUUACAUAAGACCCAUGGAAUCACAGCCCAGAAGUUAAAGGCAGCAGACCAGCCCAUCCGCCGCCAAAUCGCCCCGCCCGAGCGACUCCGAAUAUUGGAUGAAAUAUACAGGGUUCGGCAGGAAGAAGAGAACUACAUUGACGGAGUAACAGACGGCAAAGCCUUGGUGACUAUUUCACGGGAAAACCUACCCAGCCCCUUCAAGUCGUCAGAAUCAUCUGAGAGAAUCGAACAAGCUUUCGUAGAACAACACAGAGGAGCAGAAACGAUAUCUUCGCAAGUUCCGCCAUCACAAGGGAUACAUACACAAAAGAGUCCGGUGUCGCCCGACUACCACUUCACCCCAAACAUAACAUCUUUCUCACCAUCUGGGUUCCCUGGUCCCAGCUCUGUACCAUUGAACCCAGCAGGUGGUCAAGUAGCUGCUGCUGCUGCUUCUCUACCAAAAGAUCGCCUAAGGAAACGACAUAUUGAUGGGCCAGGAUUCUCAGAUCCGAUCAGCCCAACCUCAACAGGCUUCUCUGACGCUGCUUUCGGAGGAGCUGAAGCAUUCAUACCCCCGCCUUAUUCCCAACCAGCAUAUCUCCAUCCAUCAAGCAUUGCAACUACUAUCCCAUCUAGCAUGGCACCAUUUGGUGGGGCUGUGGAUCCAUAUACCCUCGAUUAUUUCUUCAAUGACCAGUGCCAGUCAUAUAGAUAG